AUGGCGGCCGCCCAAGAGUGCCACAUCUGCCUCGACGAGCUGCGCCACGACCUCGCGACUGCGCCGUGCGGCCACGUCUUCCACCACGUCUGCAUCCUCCAGGCCGUGCACGUGAACCCGCAGUGCCCCAUCUGUCGCCGGCGGACCGACGACAGCGACCUCAUUACGCUCUACUUGGACGUCCCCAGCGGCUCUGAGGCCGCCGCUCCUGCUGCCGGUGACGGCCACGCGCUCGGAACUCAGUCGACAGCAGCGACUUCAGGCGACGCGACGGCGCUCAGCGCUCGCGUGGACACACUCAUGGAGCGCAUGCAGUGGCAGGCGACGCAACAGGACCGACUCGUGCACGAGCUGCGGCGGCUGCAGAGCCAGAGCGAGCACCUCGUGGCCGAGAAGCAGACGCUCGCGGAGCGCGUCGAGGGCCUGCAAGACGCCAAGACGCAGCUGCUGAUCCAAGUCGCGCGGUAUCAGAUGGAGCUCUCGCGGCAGACGGAAGCCGCGCGUCGUGCGUGUGUGAACCAGAGCAUUCUCAGGUACUUGGAGACCUGUGACGCAGCGGCGCUGGAGGACGAAGUGCCGAACCCGCGCGAGCUCAUUGUUGCACUGAAGAAGGCGUGCAAGUUCCGCCACGAUCAGUACCAGAAGGUGGUCAAAGAGAAGAUGCGGCUCAAGGAGAUGCUGCACAACAGCGCGCAGGCGUACAGUGGGCAGCCCCAGUUGCGGCUGGCGGGGGCCGACCGACCGAGCAAGACAAAGGGUCGAGGAGCUACGCGGGCGCUCGAGACCAAACGCGCGUACGUGACGCCAGCGGGACUGGGCACGGGACUAUUGCAGCCACCGGUGGUGACGAACAAGAAGCGGAAGAUCGACUCGUCGUCGCCGCUGCUGGCGUCGGUCAAUCCAGUGCCGUUUAUGGACCAGCAGCGCACUGACGACGACGACGGCUUGGGAUGGCACCCGCGAUUGGACUCGACGGGCGCUGCGUAUUCGGACGUGCCGAUUCGCCCGCCGCCACACUCGCGGCCAUUCGUUGGACGCGGCCACUUUUAUUCGAGUCAGUAUGGACCGAUCGGCUCGACGACGCCCCCGGGUCGUCCGUUUGUGCAGCAGCCUACUGGUGCACCGGCUGCUGUAUGCCGUCGUGGCUACGACGAAACGGGCAAAUUGACCAACUUUUUCUGCCCGAACGGAGACGCAGAGGUGCGCUUUGCGUCUCGGGAUAAAACGCUGUUGAGUAUGCAGAACUUGCUGGACGCGCAGUCAGGAACUGCUGGCCAGCAGCCGCGCAUGGCGAGCAACGACCGACAGGAGUACGCGCUGACGAACUGGCUGCGCCAUAAUUAA